CAGCAGCUCAUUGUUUGCGUGUCUCUAAAUAGUAAAUAAAGUCUCUGACGUAUUAGAGAUAACAAAAUUUCGGCUAUGUAUACAAUCAGAAAACAUAAUUAAAAUGCAGCACCAUGGCGAAAUGUUAUGUUCUUUCUGCAAAAAAAGUGCUUUCCAAUUAGUUACGCACUCCUUAUGCCAUUGCUGCUUAGUGAAUUUAGAAUGCUGCGAUGCAUCGGCAGAGAAACCCAUUCCGAUCGUUCCGAAGGAAGAUGCGGUUCGGAAGGUUGAGUGUAAUGUCUGUCUUGAAGAGUGCCAGGAGGAUGAAUUACAACAUCAUCGGAUGAUGUGUAUGCCCCGGUGGGUGUUCCGGUGCUCCGUUUGUGACGGAGACUAUCUCAGUAAAGAGGCUCUGUGGAAUCAUCUGGCCCUGCAUGAGAUUGCAAACGAUAGCAAAGAAUUACAUUACCAGGAAAAGAGAGUAACGUAUAAACAACACAAAUGCAUACUCUGUAAUGAUCAACGAUGUUACCGGGAGAGUAUCUACUGGAUACAUGUCCAUGAAGAUCACGAUGGAUUUUUCUUGCGGUGUACAGGAUGUGGUGAAAAUUUUCGGUCGCAAAAACUUAAAGCGGAUCAUGCUCUUAACCAUUGCAAACAUAGGGAACAAAUUGUACCAACCGAAUCUGCUGAAGUAGAUGUAGAUUAUGCGUAUGAAAUUAAUACUGUUAACAGACGACAUUCAGCACAAGUGAAAGAAGUGCGUUGUGAAAUACCGGAGAAGCAGGAUUCUCACGGAUCAAAGAUAGUUGGAUCCUUGUCUAUUGAUAUCCAGGCAAAUGAUUCCACUGUGGUAACGGAUAGCGACGAUGCGGUUACUAGUUUUAAUAAAAUCGUUGAUGAUAAGGACAGUAGCGAAAUCAAAAAUAAUGAUGAGACAGAAGAAGCUUCAGAGGAAAUUUUGCUAUCUCAAGCUGAGGAUCCUUCUGGUGAAUCAUCCGGUGUAAAGUGUCCUCAUUGCGACAAACAGUAUGCUAGUGUCAAGUGCCUCGCACAUCACAUUGGCUAUUGCCAUCAGCCGACUUCAUGUGACAUCUGUGGACUUUUUUUCACCACUGGUAACAAAGCUCGUUAUCAUAAGUUGAAAAUUCACUCAAAAAUGAACUUCAAAUGCUCUGAAUGUCCAAAGGAAUUUGUUGUUAAAGGAGGAUUACGACGUCAUCUAAUCUCGCAUCAGGUUGAAAGAAAGUUUCUCUGUAAAGAAUGUGGAGGCACGUUCAAGACCUCAGCCGCUCUAAAGAGGCAUACGAAAGUUGUCCAUACUCGUUAUGAGAACCUACAGAUUGACUGCUACAUUCCCAUCAAGAAGCAAAGUAAGGUCAAGAAGGUUGUCAAGAUUGAUUGUCCAAUUUGUCGGGAAAGUUUCAAUGAUCAGAACGAAAUUUCCCAACACGUCCAGGAGAUACAUAAGCUAUCUAUUUGCACUAUUUGCAAGGUGACCUUUACCAGUGCUUAUGAGCUAACCGAACACAAGUGUACUAUGUGUUCCCACUGUGGCAAAGAGUGCUACCACCAAAUGCGCCUUAAAAGUCACAUCAAGUUGUGCCACGAGCUGAUCAAGUGUGACGUCUGUGAAACUUUUAUUCCCGGUGAAAGUCAAUUGGUGUACCAUAAGGCGAAAGUUCAUGGGGAACCGAGAUACAAAUGCCCUCAUUGCUCGAAGAAAUUUCAUCUGAAACAAACAUAUCAGCGACAUAUGCUCAAAUAUUCGAAGAUUAAGAAGUUUCCAUGCGAAUUAUGCGAUCGUAAGUUUAAAAGUUUAAUUUACGUCAUCAGGCAUAUGAGAAAAAUUCACCGCAUAAAGAAAGCUCGAAAAGAUCUCGUAAAUUACAACGAGUCCAAUUGCAAUGACGCUUCAAAUGACGAACCAGCUGAUGUUGCAUUUACAUUGGAAAGCAUAGUUGAAGUUGGGGAAACAACGCUUAUAAAACCUGAAUAUACUUCUGAAUGUAGUUCCUCCAUCGAGAAUAUUGCUGAUCAUACGAACAAUGCGGUAGCUAGGAUCAAUAUUUCAAAGUCUUCCCGAAUUCCAAAUUUCAGAGGCAAGAAUAAGAAGCGAAAAGUCUCACGAGCCAUUGGUGAGAAUCCGUCGGCUGAACCCUCCGAUACAGUUUGUCCUCACUGUGACAAAGAGUGCUACCACAAAUCGCGCCUUAUUAAUCACAUCACUUGGGGGCACGAUGUGACCGAGUGUGAUGUUUGCGGAAUUUCUUUUACCGGCAAAAGUCAAGUCUGGUAUCACAAGUUGACAACUCACUCGGAACCGAAGUUCAAGUGUCCUCAAUGCCCGAUGAAAUUUCAUUUAAAACAUUCCUAUCGGCGUCAUGUGUCUAUGCAUGAUAAGUAUAGCAAAGUGUUUCCCUGCAAAUCAUGUGGCGCCAAGUUCAAAACUUUAGUUCAACUCAGCAAGCACGUGAAACAAGUUCAUUUUAUCAGAAAAGGUCAAACCGACUGUACCAACAUCAACAAACUGGAAAAAGAACUAGAUGGUCAAAAAUUUGAAGAGAUUUCCAUUAAAAUUGAAUCAUUAGAAGACAAAUCAUCGCUUCAGCACCUAGAUGACGACAAUGGAAAGUUUACCAUACAGGCUUCUACUAUGGAUAACCCUGCAAAGUGUCCCCACUGUGGCAAAAAGUUCCACCAAGAAAGUGCCCUAUCCCGUCACGUUGCAAACAGCCACGUGCCGACUAGCUGUGAAAUUUGCGGAAUUACCACGGACAACAAACAUAAACUUGGCUAUCAUAAGCGGACAAGUCACGUGGAACCGAAGUACAAAUGUCCACAUUGCCCGGAGAAAUUCUGCAUGAAAGCAGGUUAUGAGCGUCAUGUGUCCAACCAUGGAACAAAUAAGUUUCCCUGCAAAUUCUGUAGCCUCAUGUUCAAAAAUGGUCUCGCCAUCAGUAAUCAUGUAAGGCAAGCCCAUCUCGCCAAAGCAGGUUACACUACUAAGGUCAAAAAGAACUAGAUGAAAAAAAAAACAAAAAACGAUUGGCAUUCUACGAUGAAAGUAUGGACCUUAGUGGACAAAUAAUAAUAAAUGGAUUAAUAACCGAUAAUGAAAUUGAUUUAGAAAUCACCAUUCCCAAGUCUGUUUAACAGCGCAUAAGCAUUUUUAUCCUGAACCUUCACUACA